GCUAGUUAGCCGAGAAAAAAUGCGUAGUGAUCUGAAAAGGUUGACCAAUAAAAUCUAUCUUUCACGUAAGUUUUAAUUAAUUAAGGUUACAAACAAACAAUUCAGAAGAGAAGAGAAAAGAUAAAAAGCAGAAGAAAAAAAGGGUUCAUCUCGAUCGGGAUGGCAGAAAAGAGGUUCAUCGUUGAGGUGGAGAAAGCCACAGAGGGCGGAGAAGGAAGGCCAUCCAUGGGCCCUGUCUACCGCAGCAUUUUCGCCGACGAUCUACUUCCUCCUCCCAUUGAAGGUCUUAAUACCUGCUGGGAUAUUUUCAGGAUGUCUGUUGAGAAAUACCCAGCAAGGAAAAUGCUUGGUGUCCGUGAAAUCGUGAAUGGGAAUCCUGGCAAGUACAAGUGGCAAACUUACAAAGAAGUGUAUGACUUGGUGAUGAAUGUUGGCAAUUCCAUCCGUGCUUGUGGUUACGGGGAGGGUGUAAAAUGUGGUAUUUAUGGUGCCAAUUGCCCCGAAUGGAUUGUGAGCAUGGAGGCCUGCAACGCUCAUGGACUUUAUUGUGUUCCCUUAUAUGAUACCUUGGGUGCCGGGGCUGUGGAAUUUAUUAUAUGCCACGCAGAGGUCUCAAUGGCUUUUGUUGAAGAAAAGAAGAUACCUGAGCUAUUGAAGACAUUUCCCAAUGCAGGAAAAUAUCUCAAGACACUUGUGAGCUUUGGAAAGGUUACUCCUGAACAAAAGCAAGAAGUUGAAGAGUUUGGGUUAGCAAUGUAUUCAUGGGAUGAAUUUUUGCAAGUGGGUCAUAAUCAGAGUUUUGAUCUUCCUGUUAAAAAAAAAAGUGAUGUGUGUACAAUAAUGUAUACAAGUGGAACUACUGGUGAUCCCAAGGGAGUUUUGAUCUCCAAUGAGAGCAUUAUUACACUCUUAGCUGGGAUUCAGCAAUUGCUGAAGAGUUGCAAUGAAAAGUUGAAUGAAAAAGAUGUAUACAUAUCAUACCUUCCUCUUGCACAUAUCUUUGAUAGGGUCAUUGAGGAGGCAAUGAUAAUGCAUGGUGCCUCAAUAGGUUUCUGGCGUGGAGAUGUCAGACUGUUACUGGAAGAUAUUGGAGAGCUAAGGCCAACCAUUUUCGUUGCAGUUCCCCGUGUGCUUGAUAGAGUGUACAAUGGUUUGACCCAAAAGAUUUCUUCAGGGAGCUUUAUGAAACAGACAAUGUUCAAUUUCGCAUACUCAUACAAGUUGCAUAACAUGACUAAAGGGCAAAAUCAUAAUGAGGCAUCUCCACUAUUUGACAGAAUUGUAUUUAAUAAGGUAAAACAAGGUUUAGGGGGUAAUGUACGCAUUAUUUUGUCUGGAGCAGCACCUCUAUCUAGACAUGUGGAAGGUUUCCUACGGGUGGUGACUUGUGCUCAUAUCCUACAAGGAUAUGGUCUUACUGAAACCUGUGCUGGAACCUUUGUUUCAUUACCAAAUGAAAAGGACAUGCUUGGUACGGUGGGGCCUCCUGUACCAUAUGUGGAUGUGCGUCUUGAAUCUAUUCCUGAAAUGGGAUAUGAUGCACUUGCAACCACUCCAAGAGGAGAAAUCUGUGUGAGGGGAAGUACUGUGUUUACCGGCUACUACAAACGUGAAGACCUCACCAAAGAGGUUAUGAUUGAUGGAUGGUUCCACACAGGGGAUAUUGGAGAGUGGCUACCCAAUGGAACCAUGAAAAUUAUUGAUCGGAAGAAGAAUAUAUUUAAGCUUUCACAAGGAGAAUAUGUUGCUGUUGAAAACCUGGAGAAUAUUUAUGUUCAAGCUUCUUCUGUUGAAUCUAUAUGGGUCUAUGGAAACAGUUUUGAGUCAUACCUCGUUGCUAUUGUCAACCCCAGCAAGCAAGCACUUGAUAAGUGGGCAGAAGAAAAUGAUAUAACCGCGGACUUCAAUUCUCUCUGUGAAGAUUCUAGGACAAAAAGUUACAUAAUUGGAGAACUCACCAAGAUUGCAAAGGAUAAGAAGUUGAAAGGUUUUGAGUUUAUUAAAGCUGUUCAUCUUGACCCAGUUCCAUUUGACAUGGAACGUGGUCUUAUGACUCCAACAUUUAAGAAGAAGAGACCCGAAUUGCUUAAAUACUAUCAGAAUACCAUUGACAACAUGUACAAGACACAGAACACGCAGAACAAAUCCAGUGCCUGAGAUAUGCUUUGGGAGCCCACGUCACGGAGACAAUUUAUUUUAUAUAUGCAUGUGAUUGAGCUUGCUUUUCCUUUCGGGGACUCUUUAAAUGAUUCAUAGAUAGCAAAUAAUAUGCAUGGAUAGCUAGCUACGUGACCGUAAGGAGCAAAAAUAUGUUUAGAUGGUUUAAUUUGUAUUUGAAACUAGCAUUAAAUUAUUGCCUCUUCAUGACAAUAAAUAUCACUUACUUCUCUUAUACAAUAGUGAGCAGAUUUUCAAUA